GCGACCAUAAAGCCCAUUUGAAUCAGAGAGGCACAGAGCGCACUCACGUCGUUCAGACAACACGCACUGUGCGUUUACCACCAGAACCAUGACGCGAGGGAGCGAUGGCAACGUGGCGCACCGGAUUUAUUAACUGACAUGCAUGCAGCGAACACAGGCCGGCUGAGGACGUGGUCGGGUAAAAACAUGAUAUUGAACCCAAACUCGGCGUUCUUCAUUCACUUGUGCCUUUAGGGAGUUCACACGUCGUUCAGAAAGCAAUGCUCGGCUGAUACGGAAGGACCGCCCGUUUGAGUUGAGUGUGUUUCACACCACGUUGUUGAGGUUGUGUAGUACAGACAUGAGUGGAAACGAGGGAAUCGCCACAGUGCGACAAGGACACGGAGCGUAGCAGUGUUUUCGGGGAGCAGACACGACCCGGUGUCUUAUGUUCGUCUGCGGGCCAGCCGGUGGUCGUCUUCUGUCUGUAUCUUUCUGCCAUGCUGUAAAGUAGCUGCCCGGGAAGGAUGCAGGUGAAAAGACCAAGGGACUCGGAGAGGACUGGCGGGGACGUUCUCCAACCAGAUGCUCCCCGCAAGAAGUCCUCAUGCUUCUCCAAUAUCAAGAUAUUCCUGAUUGCGGAAUGCGCCCUGAUGUUGGCCCAGGGCACUGUCGGAGCAUACCUGGUGAGCGUUCUGACCACCCUGGAGCGCCGCUUCAACCUCCAGAGCGCCGACGUCGGGGUGAUCGCCAGCAGCUUCGAGAUCGGCAACCUGGCCCUGAUCCUGUUCGUCAGCUACUUCGGGGCCAAGGCCCACCGCCCUCGUCUGAUUGGCUGCGGGGGCAUCGUGAUGGCGCUGGGCGCGCUUCUCUCCGCGCUGCCAGAGUUCCUGACGAAACAGUACGAGUAUGUGGAAGAGUUGCGGACGGACACUGGGCGAGACGUGUGCCUGAACACCACCAGUGUGGAGGCCCAGCUGGUGGAGGAUAAACUGUGUGACAACAAAGCCAACACCAACAUGAUGUAUCUGCUGCUGAUCGGGGCCCAGGUCCUGCUGGGAAUAGGAGCGACGCCCGUGCAGCCUCUCGGCGUGUCCUACAUCGACGACCACGUCAAGAAGAAGGAUUCCUCGCUCUAUAUCGGGAUCCUGUUCUCCACGCUGGUGUUCGGCCCGGCAUGUGGCUUCAUCCUGGGCUCCAUCUGCACCAAGUUCUACGUCGACGCGAUCUUUAUCGACAGCAGUAAACUGGGGCUCUACCCGGAAGACCCGCGCUGGAUCGGGGCCUGGUGGGCGGGCUUCUUGCUGUGCGGUGCCUUACUCUUCUUCUCCGCCCUGCUGAUGUUCGGCUUCCCCCAGUCGCUGCCCCUGCGGGACGGCGAGGACGGCGGGCAGGAGAGCGAGCAGGCCAUGCUCUCCCCCGCGGGGCUGAACACAGAGUACCAGAUGCCCAAGCCCAGCAGCAACGGGGCGGCCGGGCACCAUGAGCCGGCCAAUAGCCCCACCUGCUGUCAGCAGCUGAGAGUGAUCCCCAAGGUGACCAAGCAUCUGCUGUCCAACCCGGUGUUCACCUGCAUCACGCUGGCAGCCUGCAUGGAGAUCGGCGUGGUGGCCGGCUUCGCUGCCUUCCUGGGGAAGUACCUGGAGCAGCAGUUCAACCUCACCACCACCUCCGCCAACCAGCUGCUCGGCAUGACUGCCAUCCCGUGCGCGUGUCUGGGGAUCUUCAUGGGCGGCCUGCUGGUGAAGAAGCUCAACCUGUCGGCCCUGGGAGCCAUCCGGAUGGCCAUGCUGGUCAACCUGAUCUCCACCGCGUGCUACGUCUCCUUCCUCUUCCUGGGCUGUGACACGGGCCCUGUCGCGGGAGUGACCGUGCAAUACGGCAACGAGACCCUGCGGUCAGGGCAUCGACCAGACGCCCAGUGCAUGCGCCACUGCAGCUGCUACACCUCCACCAUCAGCCCGGUGUGCGGCUCCAACGAGGUCACCUACCUCUCCGCCUGCUUCGCCGGCUGCAGCAGGGCGGUCGACCCAGACUCCCCCUCCGGCUUCUCCCCAAACCUCACCGGGUGUACGUGUGUGUCCAGCGACCCGGCGCUGGCCUGGGCGGUCCCGGGGAAGUGUCCCACGGCAGGCUGUCAGCAGGCCUUCCUCACCUUCCUCUGUGUGAUCUGCGCCUGCAGCAUGAUCGGCGCCAUGGCCCAGACGCCCUCCGUCAUCAUCCUGAUCAGGACUGUGAGCCCAGAGUUGAAGUCGUAUGCCCUUGGAGUCUUGUUUCUUCUGCUUCGACUGAUAGGAUUCAUCCCACCCCCUCUGAUCUUCGGUGCUGGGAUCGACUCGACAUGCCUUUUCUGGAGCUGGGAGUGCGGCGAGAGAGGCGCCUGCCUGUUGUACGACAACGUGGCCUACAGGCACCUGUACGUGGGCCUGGCCAUCGCGCUCAAGGGCAUCGCCUUCCUCCUCUACAGCACAACGUGGUACUGCUUGCGCAGGAACUACCGGAAGUACAUAAAGGCUAACGAGAACCACAUGACGCAGACGGAGUUCUAUCCGUCCCUCACAGACACGGAGGGCCCCAAGCUGGUGGACCGGACAAAGUUCAUUUACAGCCUGGAAGACCACGAGAUCUGUGAGAAUAUGGAGUCGGUUUUAUAACGUAGACUUGCACAGCGGAAGGAGGGCAAAGAUGUCAUAGAAUAUUUGAAAUCGCUCGAAAGAUACUAUUAUUUAAUUUUGUUUUUAUUAUGUUUUUGAAAAGAUUAAGAUGUUUUGAUAAAAGCCAAUCAAUAUAAAUGCCCGUUUAGGUCAUAGGAAGAUUUUCACUUAUUUUUGUUGCACAUCCUUGGCAACUUUUGAAGGGUCCAUUUUUGUAGUUAAACUGUCAACAAGGUGUUUAGUGCCAGUCAAUUCCUACUUUGAAUGGGUGGCAGACAACAUGGCUCAGUUUUAAAGUCCUUCUUGAUCUGAUGCUGGUUAACAUAAUUGUAUGCUUUUAGUUGCAUCACUACUGGCCAUAUCUUCUUAGGUCUGUCAUCUGUCUGAAACGACUGAGUCUGUUCAGCCCGUGUUCUGCGUCGGUCUAAACAGUCUCACAAAAUAAAUUGUGAUUUAAACAAAAAUAAUUCAUGGACGGUUCUUCAUCUAUCCAUAUUUAAAGUUGCCAAGUGUUUACAAAACAAAUGUCAUUUAAUACAGAUUUUAUAUAAACGGCGCCGUGCAGUUUCUGAAAAAGAAAGAAGGAGUUAAUAUUGGGUUGUUUUAGUGUCCUUGACAAACUUACUAAGCGAGACGGUGUGUUUAUGCAGCGUUCUCUUGUGGUUCUGCUGCUGGAUAAUAGACACUGUUUUUGAUACUGUUUGGACUAGACUGCUAAGUCUGGCUGCUAGGAUUGUAAAAUGUCUGUCAAUGUUUUUUUUUGCGAGAUUGAAGUUUGUUUUUCACUAUAGCAGAUUGUAACGUUCCCAGAGUUUAAUCAACUUAAUAUCUUAAUGAUAGAUUUUAAAUUAAGGAUUUUAUUCUUAUCGGCUAUAACACUAGCCGACACUAAUUAUUUUUUACUUUACAAAAAGGUUUAAAUUUAUAUUUGUUUAAUAGGUAUUUGAAAAGUUCAAAUGGAAAAUAUAUGAUCUUGGUUCUACCAAAUGUUGGUAUGUUAUAUGUGGUUGCUGACAAUUCACAGCUUUGAUGUAUUUGUUGCAUCAUUAAACAAAAGAAUACAGCUUGUCACUUAGAAUGAAAGGUGAAUAGUGUUUCUUUUUUUUGAGGUUAUGCAAAUCUCAAAGAAAAAAACAAUGACUGUAUUCCUAGCCAUGUAUUUAAAUCAUUUAAUUGCACUUAUUGGCGCAUAUGACUUUGGUUGAGGGUUUCUCUACAUUUACAGUUUGAGCAUUAUCCCUUUUCUUACACCUUUUUGUAUGGCAACAUAUCAUUUAUUUUAUUCUGAAAUAAAACAUUUUUCAGAAAAUUA